AUGUCGAUCCGUGAAUAUUUAUCAGAGAACUUACUAGAUAAUAACUUUGUAAAGUUAAUAUCGCCUGUUUAUACGGCACAAUUAAUUUUAGGAACUAGCUGUUUAGUAAUGAGCGGAAAUCUCGUAUCAACUAUAACACUUUAUCAAAAAAUAUAUUCCAUAAUUUGGAUAAUUACUGUGAGCGGAUCAUUUUACUAUUUCGUACUAUCGUAUUACAUUUCUUACUAUGAUAAAGAAAAAACUCUUUUUUACACCUUUGCAUUUGGUUUGUUAGUUCAAUACGUAUCGUAUUUGUUAAAUAUAUUUCACGCCAGAUUUUUGAAAUCGAAAGAAAGUGUAGGAGUUUUUCUGAAAAUACAGAAAGUUGACCGCUUCCUCGAGAAUAAAAACUUGAACGUUGUAGAUCCGGGUUAUUAUUUGAACAGAGUGUGGCUUGGGUACAUAAUAACAAAUUUCGGCAGCGGAUUCUCAAUAUUCGUAUACAGCCAAAUAGAUAAGCCCCUCUACACCGUACCAAUGGGGUGUGCAAUACUGAGCUUAUACCUAGAGAUAGUACUUACUGGCAGCUGUAUUUAUUAUUUGGCACAACGAUUGCAACAUUUAAACACGAUUAUUGAAAAAAACAUUGUAAACAAAAAGCAGAACAUUGACAUUAGAAAAAUUGAUGUACCAGGUUUCACUAAUGUGGGAGAAGCACAUAAAAUUAUAGGUUUGAAAGAUCUUACUAAAAUACUGACGUCUAUUCUGAAAUUAUUUCACGAGUCGUCCAAUCUAUUCACUUUUGAGAUUUUCAACUUGGUUGUCACAAUGCUAAUCUGGACAUUCCUGGUGAUUGAAUCGACCGUCGUAGGACUAAGAAGCAAGUUGGUCUCACUACUAGCCUCAGUGAUCCUUAUGUUGUGGAUAGCGUUCUACUUCACCCAACUGAUGUCGGUGGCGAUCUCUUGCGAUUGGUUCGCAAAGCAGGUGCGAGACACAAAGAGGUUGGCAGUGCACGCGUUAUCGGUUUGUCAUGAAGACAAGGACGCAGAUAUCCGUAAAGCGGCGUGGGAGCUGCUACAGCUUAUCGAGUUUGAGAAGCCAGUUUUCUCGGUGUAUGGUAUUUUCACUCUGAACACCAGACUGCCGAUUCAGCUCAUUAGCGUCAUCACCACAAAUGUACUAGUUCUGAUUCAAUAUACUUCUAAUGCUCUAAAUACUAAUUAG